UCGUUCCACACAGUGACGAUGAAGGGAGUGAUGCUAGCACGGAUACCCAACAGACCUAUGCGCAUCCCGACUCACACCAUGUACAACACCCUCCAGAGAGCCCAGCGUUACACAGGAUGCCAGUUGAUCAACAAGAUAUCCCUGACGUCGUACAUUCCGGGGAGCAUACAUACAGCCAUGGAAGCCCUCCGCCUCAGAAUAUCAAUAUCAAUAUGCCUCCGCAACCGGCUCCAGUCCCUCAAGUAGGUAUGGCAGAUCAGCCCGCGCCAAUGCAACAUGACCCAAUGCAACAUGUCCCAAUGCAACCUGUCCCAAUGCCGCCCAUGCAAUAUGGACCCGCUGGGCUACCACCGCCACCCAUGAUUGGAGGGCCUGAUCCCGGACACGUGGUAAUCCACCCACCACAACCAGUAUUUGCGCAGCCUAGGCCCAGAUCCAGAUCCAGGUCCAGUUCCGGGAGAGGUGCAGUGGUCAUACAACAAAGCCCUCCUCAGCAUUCGCCUGGCCAUGUCAUAAUACCAUCGCCGACUGGCGAGCAUGUCGCCAGAUCUCCCACUCGGGAAUUUGUUGGUGUUACUCCUUCAGGUGGCGGCCCUGGCCCUGGGCCAGUGGUGGUGACGGUACCUGCUAGUCGAGGACAUGUUUCGCGUUCACGAUCUCGGUCUCGGUCACCUCGUAGGCAUUACCGCGACAGGUAUCCAUACGAUGAUCCUUAUUAUCGACGAGGUCGACAUCCUGACUCUCCUGAUUAUCAUUACCCAAGACAUUGGGAUGACCGUCGACGCCGAUCCUACUCACCUGAAUAUCGCUACCGUCCUCGCUAUCAUGACGACUACUCUCCCGAGGAUCGCCGCCGACGCAGAGGGCCGCGCGAUGACUAUUCGCCAUCUCCACGAGGAGGCGAGAGAUAUAGAGAUGAUGACCGCCGUCGUCGCAGACACCCCGAUUCACGCUCUCCCACACGUUCAGAAGAAAGAGAGCGACGCAGAGAUGAUCAUACCCCUCGUCGCAGACGGUCCAGUGACGAAGAAGAUCCCCACGGCAGACGUCCUAGUCAUGACGAAGGCGAUGCCUCACGAACUCACAGAACUCCCACUCAAUUUUCAGAGGCGGAUGCUGGCCAUCGCACACCCAGUCAUAGCCAUCACACACCUAGUCAUGGCCGUCAUACACCUAGUCAUGGCCGCCAUACGCCUAGUCAUGGUAUCCCUGGUUCUCCGCGGUUUGAGGAACCUCCGCGGUCACCAACUGUCAUUAGGAUUGAACAACCAGAGCGACACCCUGACUCACCCACCGGCCGACCAGUGAUCAUAACUCCGGCAGGUCUAACGACGUCCGAUGAGCCCCAAUAGUCAACUUCAACAUGACCUGCGUAAUGCCCCCGAUGGAUACAUUCCAACCGUACAUUCCUCACAUCGGAUACCUUCUGUAAGGGACGACGAUGGACAGCCACACCAUCGAAUACCUUCAGUGAUGGAAUACGAACUACCACGGCAUCGAUCACCUUCUGUAAGGGAUGAUGAUAGACGGUCACACCAUCGAUCACCUUCUGUAAGGGAUGAUGAUAGACAGCCAUACCAUCGAUCGCCUUCUGCAAGGUAUGACGAAG